ACCACUGACUUUGCUGAUAAAUACUUUGUUAUGGGAAAAUGUACUUGAUACGAUUGUGAUGGGUUGUUGUCUCACCUAGCUAUCUUAAAAUGAAUACACUAAUUGUAAGUCACUCUGGAUAAGAGCGUCUGCUAAAUGACUAAAAUGUCAUAUAAAAUAUAUUUUUAAAAGUUUAUCAUACUAAUUUGAGUAUCCUGAUUUAAGAUUACUAUGUUACGUCUAGUCUAUGAGACCAGGCUGAAUCGAAGCAGCAAGAUAGGUGGCAGAAUCCUGCAGUUAAACUGGAUUUAACAACAGUGUCCGGCUCUGCCCUCGAAUGAAGAGGAAGAUAAUCGAUUUAUUUUAAUCUUUUUGGUUUGGAUAGGAGUAGCCUAAUAGCAUGCCAGUGAAAGCCAACAUUUUUAUGUGGGCCGUUUACACAGCGGAACCUCGUUUACAUGCUGAUUGAUUUUAGUUCAAUAUGUCUUUAUCUGCAUCUACAACUAUCCCACCUGCGCUGACAGCGGAUCAGCUAACGGUCAUCGUGGCCUCCGUGUCCUGCCUGGUGUUCUUCGUAGUGAUUCUCAUGCUCCUGGUGGUCUUGUACAGGAAAGACCCUUUCUGCUGCAGGGUGUCGAACUACCAGGCCAACCAGCGCUGUACAGAUGCUCCACCCCAGUACAACAGAAGACAGUCUCUAGUGGUGUCUCCCUACAAUGAACAUACUGCUGCCGUGGCCCACGGAAACAUUGGAUCCCAGCUUCCAGGGAGGCUGUUUAUCAUCGGUAAGCCCAGCAGCUAUCACCUGGACGGGAUCCUGCCCCGCCUUCCGUCCUACGAGAGCGUCCGUAAGAAGGACCGUCAGAGACAGAUCCACUCUAUGAUAGCCGACCGCUUUGGUAUCAGCCCCACACAGUCUGAAACGGAGCCUCCUCCGACAUACGAGGAGACUCUUCGCCAGUCCAUGAUCAUCUCCUCUGAAGACCUUCAGUCUGCUGAGGCACUUCCCUCAGACCUCCCUCUCUCCACCUGUAACUCCAGCCUUGAACACACAGUGACCGUAGAUGCGGGAACCCGUCUCUGUCUAGACCAGGAGUUAUUUGAGGGUCGGGAACACUCCUGGUUUUCAACUUCGAAUUUUAACUAGAGACUUGUGUUUCUACCCUUUGCAAGAGAAAAGAAGACAAAUCAACAAAGAAAGAGACAUUGUCAUGAUAAUGCAUGAGUCAGUUUCACUCAAGAGUUUGUCCUCCUGAGACUAACGCUCUCAACUCUUGACUGUCGUCUGUUGGUGUAGUGAGUGGUUUUAACAUGACUGUAUGCUGUAAAUGGCUUGAUAUCCUUCCACUGGCAAUGAUAUCCUUUAUCAGCUAAAUAAUCAAAUCAGCCUACAUUUCAAACUCUAGACAUUCUCGGGUGUGUGGAAAAGAAGAUGUCCGCACCUCACAAGCAGACAUAUUAUGCUUCAUCACAACAUCCAAUGUCGUAGACAACCACAAAAAAAGGACAUUGUUUCGGGUUGACCGUGUUAAUGAAAAAUCUAAAUCUCCUUGUUUCAAAAGAACACCGAGCUAUGAAUACCCAGCUACCUGACAUGUGGUGAUGAUGAUGGCUGGUGAGUGUAGGGCCAGACCAGAGAGCUGUUGUGGUUGAACACAUCACUAAUUAUUAACACUACUGAAGGCAGACAAUGCCUUGGUCCCAAAUGGCACCCUAAUCCCCAUGUAGUGCACUACAUAGGAAAUAGGGUCCCAUUUGAGACACAAUCAAAGUGUGUUCACUCAGGGACAGUUGACCAGGGACCAUUUGUCUUAACCCAGGUCAAACUAACUAUGCACAGAGAAACUCACCAUGACCCUGACGUUCCAUAUUUUUUUAAACUGCACUGUCGGUUAGGGGUUCGUAAGUAAGCAUUUCACUGCAAGGUCUACUACACCUGUUGUACUCAGCGCAUGUGACUAAGAACAUUUUAUUUGAUUUACCUCCUGGGCUAAACUGGAAUGGGUUUGUGUAAAUGUAUUUAUAUAGCCCUUCGUACAUCAGCUGGUAUCUCAAAGUGCUGUACAGAAACCCAGCCUAAAACCCCAAACAGCAAGCAAUGCAGGUGUAGAAGCACGGUGGCUAGGAAAAACUCCCUAGAAAGGCCAAAACCUAGGAAGAAACCUAGAGAGGAACCAGGCUAUGUGGGGUGGCCAGUCCUCUUCUGGCUGUGCCGGGUGGAGAUUAUAACAGAACAUGGCCAAUAUGUUCAAAUAUUCAUAAAUGACCAGCAUGGUCCAAUAAUAAUAAGGCAGAACAGUUGAAACUGGAGUAACUAUGCAAAACAUUCAUAUUAUGUAUGACCCAAAUCAAACAAAAAAACAUGUGAAAGUAAUAGUUAAAUAGCUGAACCAAAAAGGGUAAAAUAGGUGAACUAAAGUAGAUAUAAAUGACCUAUCCGCUUUUUUAAAAAGUUUACUCUAACUGCGUUUCCAUACAGUUUUAUGUGAGUAAAGUCAUACCUUUGAUAAAUUGAAUCACGACAGCUGUGAUGGAAACAGGAAGUUUCAAUACCGUUUUCUAAAUGCGGACAGAUCAUUUGUUCGUUCGACAGGGUGGGAUCUUUUUGUGUCUGUAAAAUGUGUUAUGCGAGAAAUGAUGGUGGAAACUCGUUUAUACACAAAUAUUGAUAUAACAACCGUGUCGAUGUACACUUGGGAGUCAUGCGAUGACAUGGUGUGUGUGGUCCUCCCACUACAACUGGGGAAUCCAUGCAGUUUAUUAGAAUAUAGAAGAAAUCAAUUAUGAACUUCACAGGGUGGUGAAAGUGCACAGUGAUCUUGAUGCUCUUUUCCAAUAAAUAUUGAGGGUCUUAUUCUUUUGAUUGAUUCAUGACUGCCAUUUGACAAAAACAAAUAUUCUUGCUCCUAUACCUAAUAAUCUCAUCAUGUAGACUAGCCUACCCGCACUGUAUCUACAAGCUGUUGGCUAGAGCGAACGUGCCAAGACCAAUGAGCCUAUCCUCCUACAGCUCCCCAAACCAGCCUCCAUUGCAGAGCAGGCAUAGUUGCUAUUUAACGAAACAGUUUUUUUGUGACCAAACUAUCGGUAGAGGUGAAAAUGCGAUGGCAACAUAUUGAACUUUAAACUUUUUUUUAGUACAUUAAAACUUAAUCAAAAAAGAAAAUUGUGUGUAUACUACAUCAUCGCUCACUGACUUUAAUUUGCAACAAGUCAGUUUAAAAUACACCAUUGAUGAGAAAAUAUACAUGUUUUAGUUCAGACUUGUUGUAUUAACUUGACCUAUAUUAAUCGGGACGGCAGGGUAGCCUAGUGGUUAAGAGCGUUGGACUAGUAACUGGAAGGUUGCAAGUUCAAACCCCUGAGCUGACAAGGUCGUUCUGCCUCUGAACAGGCAGUUAACCCACUAGGCUGUCAUUGAAAAUAAGAAUUUGUUCUUAACUGACUUGCCUAGUUAAAUAAAGGUAACAUUUUUAAAAACUGAUAGGAUUGCUAUCAACCUUACUGUCAAAACGGAACACUCCUGCUUCUAUUCAUUGACCUUUGUCAAAGUGAGUUGAAAUUUGUCUGUUUUUCUCUACCAGGCACAAAUAUGUCCACAACCUAGAAUAGAUGUUGAGUAAUGUAAGCGAAGGGAGUAGACCUCAUUUUGACCUCUCCCUUUUUUUUUUUUGCAGAGUUUCUCUCCCCAAACCCAAUCUUCCCCUAAGCACUUACAAAUCUUAUAAACAUUCUACAGCGCUCUAAACCACAGCGCUCAUCAGUUAUUAGAGGGCCUCCAUCAGAAGUGUUUCGACAAGCUGUCUGUUGUGGUGAAUGUACCAGGGCAUUCGUAAUGUAUUUCACACUCCCCUGCAUUCCACUGGGAGGAGUUGACAUACUAUCUGGAACUCAUACUCUCAAAAUAAAUGGCACCUAACUCACUCUA